AUGGUGUUUCCAGACCCGGAGCUCGAAAGCUAUGUCUUUAAGACGGCACCGCAACUAGACGCUGCCUGGCUGGCACAUGAGGAAGAAGUCAAGAAGAAAGGCCCUCCUAGAGUAUUCAACAGUGUCGAAGAACGACAACCGAUUUAUGCUCAGGAAUGCCGCGACUUAUAUGCUCAAGUUACGGCACCUGGUACGCGAGAUCAUGAGCUCUCUCAAGGAGUUACGAGGAAAGAGUUCACUAUUCCCUCUUCUGUGGAUGGACACCCAAUCCCUGUCCUUCAACUGGACCUUACAGGUACUGAAGCCGAGGAUCCAGAGGUUAUCGUUAUAUUCUACCACGGCGGUGGUCUGAGGGUUGGCGAGGCGGAUAGCGAGGAACUAUCAUGCAGACAUAUCGUAAAGUCAGGCAUUGCCAGGAUUCGACUUUACUCGGUGGGAUAUCGCUUAUUGCCUCAGAAUCCAGCUACCGCUUGCCUUUCCGACAGCCUGGAUGGAUUUCGAAAAUUCCACAGUUCGAAGAUAAAGACUAUUGUUAUCGGAAGCUCGAGUGGUGGACAGAUGGCAUCUGCGGUAGCGCAAGCAGCUCCUCAAGGUCCAAUUCAUGGACUUCUGCUGAGGUGUCCAGUCACAGCGGACAGAGCCAGUGGUGAGGAAUAUGUACCUGAAAAGUUACGUCCGUACCACACAAGCGUGUCCCCAACCUUUAUCACAUCAUUGGGCGGGUAUCUCAAUCGAAGCACACCUAGGGACGGUCUUGAAAAACUGCCUCUCGAGGUUACAGAAAAUGAGCUCAAGGGGCACCCUCGUACUUGGAUCCAGCUCACUUUAAACGACCCCCUAUACUCUGACGGACUCUGCUACGCCAUGAUCCUAAGAGAAGCAGGCAUCGACGUUCAAGUCCAAGUUGAGGUGGGUUGGCCGCAUACCUUUUGGCUCAAAGCUCCUCACCUGGAUCAUGCCUUGACCUGCGAGAAGCAUAUGUUGGAAGGGUUACGAUGGCUUCUCAGAUAG